AUGCUAGAAGAACCAAGCAUUAUAGUGAUGGACAACGCCAGUUACCAUUCUACCGAACUAAAUAAAGCGCCAACGACCAACUCAAAAAAAGAAAUUAUUCAAAAUUGGUUGAAUGAAAAAAAAAUCCCGUUCUUACCACUGGAAACUAAGAUGGAGCUACUCGAAAAAGUUAAAAUCAAUAAAAAAAAAGAACGUGCUUACGAAUUAGACGAAGAGGCAUACAAAGCGGGUCAUGAAGUGGUACGUCUUCCCCCAUAUCAUUGUGAGGUAGCCACUAAAAACAAAACUUUUAAAAUAGCAGAUGUUGAAAAAUUAACACAUGAAGCUAUUGAAAAUGUUACUGUGGAGAACUGGAAGAAAUGUGCCGAGCAUGCAGAGAGAAUACAAAAAGAAGACGCUGAAAAGAAAUUGGUGAGAGAAAUUCGUCUGGAACCAGUCAUUUUGACGAUCAACCCUGAAGACGAUGAUUCCUCAUUUUCAGAUUCUGAUUAUGACGAAGACAGUUAUGAUGAUAAUAUGUUAUAA